GUUCCACUCUUCCGGCCUGGCGUUCUGCCCACUGCUGCUACGUUCCGCCCAGCGCCGGCUUUCGGUGCGACGGUCCUGGUGUUCCAUCUUCUUGCGGCCCCUGUGGCGCCCGAGCCUGCGAUGUCGGGCCCCAACGGGGACCUAGGCAUGCCGGUGGAGGCGGGUGCGGAAGGGGAGGACGACGGCUUCGGGGAAGCAGGUGACAGAGAGGGGCAGCUGAAGCUACCUUUGCCUUUGCAGGGGUGCCCUCCUGGGGAUGGGAAUUGGGGCCAGGUUUGGAGCUUGGAAGGGACCGAAGAGCCCUCUUCUCUCCCAUCCCUGGAAUACGCUGCCAUCAACUCCAUGCUGGACCAAAUCAACUCUUGCCUGGACCACCUAGAGGAAAAGAAUGACCACCUCCACGCCCGCCUCCAGGAGCUGCUCGAGUCCAACAGGCAAACGCGCCUCGAGUUCCAGCAGCAGCUUGGGGAGGCCUCCAGUGAUGCCACCCACUAGGCUCUGGGAGAGCCCAACCAGGCCCCAACCCUGCCUCCCCAAGCCAGGCUCUGGCCUGGACACUCACCACCUGGCUUAGGUACCUUCUCAAGGGCUGGCUUGUGGAUCCCAUGGUGGGUCUGCCUGUCUGGGCCACCCUCUUGGCACUCCCCUUUGCCUGCCUGAGCCGGCCCCCACUGCCCGGCAUCCCCUCCUGGAGCCAGGUCAUGGGCUUGCCAUCCACUCACAUUGCCUGCCUGCCCAACUUUUGAGCACUCCCCACUCUACCCAGGCCUUGAGUGUCCACAUUAAACUGGUCUCUCUACCACCA